UUCCGGGCGCGCCGCCUUCUGGGGCUCUGGCAGAGCUCCAGCGUCGGUCGCUGCCCUAAGUCUUAACCGCCCGCAGCUUAGGUGGCCUUCGCCGGCAGCACCGAUCAGCUGGAGCCGAGCUAGCAGAUACCGGGGCGUCAGCGGAGCUCCGGCCGCGCCCCAACUCCAGCUGACUCCUCCCAAGGCCCGUGUGCUGCUGCCGGCAACGGCGGAUGCCGGCGGAGCUCCAGCUGACUUUCACAGCCAGCGCCAGCGCCGAUCCAGCUUCAGCUCAUCUCAUCCCUCUCUGCAACUUGUAUAUUUGGACUGCAACUCUUAAAUUCCCAACAGCUGAUGUCACUUAACUUGGUUGAUGCAGAUUUCUUUUUGGAAGAGAAUAAAUUCAAGCAAUAUUGUACAGAAUUUCUCCAAUAUUCACAAAAAAUUGGGGAUAAUUGGCAAUGGAGAAGCAUAAAGGACUCUACUGAUGGCUACAUGAUUAAAACACAUUUUCAGCUGAAAAACAGAAGUAUUUCUUCAGGCAGAGUGGACAUAGUAAAUGAUGAACCAACAUUUCUGUCUGUUGAGGAAGGUCUGGAUGAUUCUCAAGAGGCUGGAGUAUCUGAAGUAUCAGAGGUGAUUCGCUAUGAAUAUCAUGUUCUAUAUUCCUGCAGUUAUCAAGCUCCUGUUCUUUAUUUUAGGGCAAGUUUUUUAGAUGGAAAACCUUUAACAUUAGAUGAAAUAUGGAAAAGUGUGCAUGAAUGCUAUAGGGAUCGCCUCUGGCAAGGACCAUGGGAUACGAUUACGCAACAGGAACAUCCAUUACUUGGUCAACCUUUCUUUGUACUUCAUCCCUGCCGGACAAACGAAUUUAUGUCUUCAAUAUUAUCCAAUUUACGAAAACAAAAAAAGCAUACAAACUACAUUAUUUCAUGGUUGAGUGUUGUUGGCCCAGUUGUGGGUCUCCAUAUGCCUUUGAGUUAUGCAAAAGCCACUUUGGACGAGACUACAGGUGCUGAUUAAAGAGAUUAUGGACAAAAAUAUGGAUUUGGGUGUCACCAAAGUGUCACAAGCCUUGUAAUUUAACUUAUGCUUGGAGCUAAGAAUAAUACAACAGUGGAGACCAUAUUGCAUUGAUAUAGUCUAAUGAACAUCCAGUUUACAAAUAAGUUUUCAUUUCAGUCAGGAUACAUGAUGCCAUCGGGAUACAAAUAUUUAUUCAUAUUAUAAUGUCUUUGACUGUGAUAAGUGGGGGAAAAGAUAUUCCUCCCCAAAACAAGUAAGAGGACUAUAUUGGAGCAACAUCUGGACAAGUGAUUCAAAUCAUAGAAAGAACAUAAGCAAUUGCCAAAAAUAUCUGAAACCAGUAAUAGUUAUAACCAUUUCUCUAUCUUGACUGCUGUUAGAGCUUAUGCAAAUUAAUGAAAAGGAAUAAUUUGUGUGAACAGUUGCCUUGCUGCAGGACUCAUGAGCAAAGCUGAUAAUAUAACUUAACAUUCUUCUUUUGAAGAUUUAGUAUGAAAUGUAAUCAUACAGAAUGUUAAUAAGCCGGUGCAUACAUAAAGAAAAUUAUUAUUGGCUAUAGCUUCUAUUUAUAAGCAUUAUAAUAUAUUGAGAAAGGCUAAUGUUUUGUAUGACUUAUGACCAAUUUUAUAUCACGGUGGCAAUUUUAUUUUUUCAAGUGUCUUUCCUCUUCCUGUAGAAAUGAAGAAUUUUGGUAUAAAAAUGCAGUAAGGGAUGCAGCUUUUUCACCAACUUAUAAUUUAUGGUCCAUCAAUCAAAUGUCGUAGCCUAGGUCCCAUACCAGAAAUAACCCAGACCUGGAGGAAAGUGCCUAAGGGAUCAAAAUUGGCUUUGAAAAGAAUCUGUUACUAUGUCUGGAUGUCAUUCUCAUAAAUAAAAUGGCAGCUGCUUUCA